CAAUCAAUGACAAUAAUGACUAAAAAAGAUUUCGCAUCUAUAGCUAGACUAUUCGUAUGACCGCAGUAAAUAAAGAUACGAUCACAUUGCAUAAUUAUUACCUAAAUACCUGGUUGAGGGUUGAGUCAAUAUAAAAAAAUAUUGCGACCAUAUGCAUAACGCAAGGUGAAGAGAAAAGGGGUCGAGACGAGAAGUCCAAGAGAAUGGAGUAGGAAGGCUAGGUGGAUCGUUUACGUCGUAAGUCGUUUACGAUUCAACGUGGCGAAAUGCGAAAAUCUUGAUUCCGCGACCUCGCUUGGACCUCGCUCGAAAGUUUCCCACUGUAUGAAUCGAAUUUAUUCGGAUGAAACAGGAUGAAAUAACGGUCGAUGUAGAUGCAGAGAAUCACGAAUGAACAAUUAUCGGAUCAACGGAUCCUGACGGUCCUCGAUUGAGUGUCAAAUUUCUGGAAUUCACGUUCGCGAUUGCACUCGGCAACACCCGAUUAUGUGUCAUAUUUUGUGAUAACAAUACUACGUCAACUGUGUCGCCGUGGUAUCGCGAUAAGACAUUAAAUAAUGGCAAGUGAAUCUUGGAAUGUCUUGGUAACGGGAGGCGCUGGUUAUAUCGGUUCUCAUACAGUAUUGGAAUUAGUACAGGCGGGUCUUCGGGUGGUGGUAAUAGACAACCUUAUCAAUGCAUACAAAGACUCAAAUUCUGAGAAACCAGAAUCUCUCCUCAGAGUGGAAAAAUUGACAAAUAAAAGUAUUGUAUAUAUUGAUUGUGAUAUCACAAACAUCAAUGAUUUAAGAAGUGUAUUUCAGAAACAUACUUUUCAUUGCGUUAUACAUUUUGCUGCAUUGAAAGCAGUUGGUGAGUCAUGUCAGAAACCACUCGAGUACUAUAAAACUAAUGUCAGCGGCACAAUAAAUUUGCUAGAAGUUAUGCGGGAAAACAAUGUAAAACAUUUUAUUUAUUCAAGUAGUGCCACAGUUUAUGGUGUACCUGAGCAACUUCCUUUAGUAGAAGACAUGAAAACUGGUAACUGUACAAAUCCGUAUGGAAAGACAAAGUUCAUGGUGGAAGAAAUACUAAAAGAUUUGUGUACAUCAGAUAAGGAAUUUUCCGUUAUAUCUUUGAGAUAUUUUAAUCCUGUCGGCGCACAUCCCUCAGGUGAAAUUGGAGAAGAUCCCAAUGGUAUUCCAAAUAAUUUAAUGCCCUAUAUUGCACAAGUUUCUGUUGGAAAAAGAGACAUGUUAUACAUUUAUGGGAAUGAUUAUGAUACCCCUGACGGUACAGGUGUACGUGACUAUAUUCAUAUUAUGGAUCUGGCAGUUGGACAUAUGAAAGCUGUAAAGUAUCAAAAAACUCGUAAUCCAACGGGAUUUAAGCCGAUAAAUCUUGGUAGUGGAAAGGGCUAUUCUGUGCUUCAAGUUAUACAUGCAUUUGAAAAAGCAUCUGCACGGAAAAUACCAUAUAAGAUAGUUGAACGUAGACCAGGUGAUGUCUCCACCAGUUACGCGGAUGCUAGUAUUGCUAAUAAGGAAUUAGACUGGACUGCUACAAAAAAUUUGGAUGACAUGUGCGCAGAUACGUGGAAAUGGCAACAAAAUAAUCCUAACGGAUAUAAACUUUAAUAAAUAUUAUGUCUAAAUAAUUAAGAGAAGCAUCUGGAGCUUGCUAUUACAUUUGCCUUCCGCAUAUCAUUGGCUAGAUAACGAAGCCAUGGUGGUAUACAGUUACCAAAGUUUAGACCAAAGCAUUAAAAAAAUAAUUUUUUAUCUUCUGUUAAUUAAGCAAAUUUUAUAUAAUGAGAAUUUAUAUAUCUAACAAAAUAUAAUAUUCUAUUAUUCACUUUGUGUUUAUGUAAAUCUGUUAAAUAUAUUUUAAGACAUAAUUUUUUUGUAUGUUAAAACUAAAUCAAUUUCUAUUAUUACACAAUAUGGUGCCAUUUUAAAUAGUCAC